GUGGAUUCAUGGCUAUGGUUCUUUUCUCUCCUCCUUCUCAGUCCCAAAAGAAAUAAUGUUGGCUCAGCUAAAACUUUAGUUCUUUUUGAAAAUUUUAGAAAAUAGAUUUGUGACUAAUUGUAAUCAAUGAAUCUUGGGAAGAGACUCGUGUAAAGGUGCCCUCUCUGGCCCUGAAUUUAUAUACUAUGGAUUGUGUAGUAAUCCUAUUUGUAAACACUGGACACUUCAAUACUGGAAGAUCUCAUUUCCUGUACUUGAAACUAUUUUGGGGACUGCUUUUGCCUUCAUACUGUUUUGCAGUUACUAGAAUUACUCCUACUUUAUCCUGAGCAGACAACAUGCAAUUUUCUGGAGCUUCUCUGCACUUAGAACUAAAAUGGUUAUGUUGUUUUAUGUAAUUCUGUUUAGUUUCUUUUCUGGAAUGCCUCCAGUAACUGUUCAGAUUAAAAGGUUUGAUUUGAAUGGUUUGAUAUGUCUUUGCCUAGAAAAUGUGGGUUUACACUUUAGUUUAUUUCGUUAUAGAAUGCCUAAUGCCAUCUGUUCGUUUCCAAUGGAUCCAGACUUGCAGGACGCUUUCAAUGAUGUUCAGAGCUCCAUCUACAGAACAGCCCUAAAACUACGCUCGGUACAAAGUCUAUGCCAGUUGGAUUUGAUUGAUGUUUCUCUGAUUCAGCACACCCUGUCAAGUGAACAGAGCCAGAGGGAAAAGCAGAUUUCUCUGAAAGUGCAGCAGAUCUCUGGAAUGCUGACAGAACUGUUCCAAAGGGCGAGGUUAGAAAAACCAGGCCAGGUAGAUCCAAGAGGUGCUGAUUUCACAUUGAGCCUGCUAGCUGCCAUGUAUGACAGAUCUGGAACAGGUUAUAUCAAAGCUAGAUCUGCUGCAGCUGCCCUAAUUGCCCUUUCAGGAGACACUUUACUGGCUAAAUACAGAGCUUUCUUCCAGUUUUAUGCUGUCCCUGAAGGGAAGAUGGCCUUGAUCACCCGUAGUGCCCUGAGAAACCUACUAACAGACUUAAAUCAGAUACCAGCCAUUGUGGGAGAAGGCUGCACUUUGUCUUGUGUGGAAAUUGCAACUCGCAGCUGUUUCCAUGGGGUUCUGAAUUCAGCAAUUGUUGAAGAAAAAUUCUUGUCUUGGCUAAGAUCGGAGCCUGCUGUUCUCCUGUGGCUCCCUACAUGUUACAGAUUAUCAGCCACAGCAAUGGUUUCGCAUCAAGCCAGAUGUAAAGUCUGCAAAAUUUUCCCCAUUACAGGCCUCAGGUAUCGCUGUCUGAAGUGCCUCAAUUUUGACCUUUGCCAAGUCUGCUUUUUCACUGGACGUCUCAGCAAACCACAUAAGAGUUCACAUCCUGUUAUGGAACACUGUGUGCAGAUGUCAGCAAAGGCGAAUGCAAAGCACUUUCUCCGCACCAUCAGAAAUAACCUGAUUCUAGAUUGCUGCAGGAGAAAGGAGUCUCAGAGAAGGAGGGCUCUGGAGGCAGUGGAGGAGACGUACUUCCAUACCCACAAAAAGACUUUUCCCCUGGAAGAACUCGGUGCUUCACCACUACCUGGCCGUGAAAACCUGUCUUUCCUAGUGGACAGACCUGUCCUAGAGUCAGCAAAGUUCAUAUCUGAAAACAGAACUGUAGUGCAGAAGAGUGAAAAUAACAUCAAGACACCAGAGCGAGGCAAGACAGAAAUUCAGGCAAUAGCCUCUUCUGAAGCAGAUGUGUUAAAAAUGCAUGAAUCCAUUAGAAAUAUUCGUAAUGAGAGCAGGUACAUGAAGAAGCAGUUCAACAAGUGGAAGGGCAAAAUGCAAUUUCUUCACAACUGUCAGGAAGAAAAAAGCUGCAAAAUAGAGGCAAAGCUCCAAAGCCUGAGAGCAAGCCAUGAAAACCUACAAAUGAAGUUGCAGCAAAUGAAGCAAGAAGUAAAGACAAUGUUCCAGUCAUCAGAGCAUCCUUUUGUACAGUGUCAAUAUAUGAUGCCAAGAAGUCCUCAUGUCCUGCUGGAAAGGACACUGCAGGCUGGAUUGAAUCCUGCCCAAAUAAGACCUAAUUCCAGAACAUGUUCAGACUGGAAAUCUCUGAAUCCCUCCAACUCCACAAAUAGAAUGCAGCUUUUACAGACACCUGAAGUUCCCACUGCAGUGGACUUCAUCUCAGAAGACCCACUGGAGUCAGCAUCCCUGAAGAGCCACAGACCUUGGGAUAAAAAAGCAAAAGCGAAUCAAACACAUACGCCUGAAUUGACAGAAAACUCCCACAGGGACAUCAUGAGGAAUACAGUUCUUACUCCCAUUGCAGUGAAGAUACCACUUGAUGAGAAAGAAGCCAGUGAGGAAGUGGAACUCCAGCAGCUAGUGAUGAAACUAAAGGAUGCAGUGUCUCUCCAAUCCCAAGCAGCUCAACAGUCUGCUUUGCAGCAGGAAUUCUUCUCUACAGCCGAACAUGUUAGCAGAUCCUUUUCUGACCUCAUCAACCAAGUGAUUUCACCAGCUUGUAAAUGAUGGAAGCUCCCACUUGCCCUUACAGCUCCACUGAACUAUUGAAGGUAAUUGAUGCCAUAUCAGACUUUUAAAAGUGUCUCAGAUGUUUUGCUGUAAUAACCCAACAUAACAGACUUCUGCAUUUACUGACUUCAUCAGGGACCAUAAAUAGUGUUAAGAGAACGACAUUCUUAACACUAUUGGUGGCUUCUGUUGGUGGCUUCCAGCUCCUGUGCAGUAGGUGUUAGCCCAGCUGAUAAAAAUCAGCAUGUCUUCAUUAAUGUUACACAGGCUUUAACGACUGUCCUGCCCUGUCUUCUCUUCUUAAUGCCGUAUAAUCCAUAAUGGCUUGUCUUUCAGGAACAGUUUUUUUAAUAUAUAUGAGUUCUGUUAACUGGUUUCAGUGAUGUAUUUGCUAUCACAUCAUUGUUUCUUAGACUAAAGGAAGAAAUGAGUUCUUAAUUGUCAGACUUCCCAAUAUUUGGUAUUUACAUAAUCAUAUUUUUCCAAACUACUGCAUUAAAUGAAAAUAUGCUUUGAACACUUAAAGUAAUUUAAUUGGUUUAGAAGAGCCUUUCCAUUCCUGAUUAACUUACAUAUCUGGGACAACAUUGGAAUAGAAUGCUUAAUUUUCCACACAGAUUUUCCUGGUCUUGUAUUUUUCAGAAUUAAUUAUAAUCACCAAGAUAAAGGGACAGACUGACUCAUUAAAAUGGCUAGAAAUCUUGUUUCCUGUUGGUAGCACCUCAGCCACCUUCUUGAAAGGCCUUAUACUGUGGUAGUGAUAGCAAUAAACAUUCCUGGUUAUUUCUGCUAGUUUUGGUCACAGGAGGCCUUAAUUACAUGUACUGCAAACAUCCAAGAAUUACAGCAACAGAUAAUGGUAUGCAACUGGAAGCUGACAAGUAGCUUGUCUCUAGCAAAGGAAGUGUGAUGCAGCUCAAAAGUAGAGAAACUAACUGAGGGCGAGGACCCCACAAAACAUAUAGGGAUGGGGUCCCUAGAAAGUGGAUACUUGUAUUAUCACAAACAGAAUAUAGUGUGAGAUAAAGGCUUAGUAGCUUUUGCAAUAUACCAGUGCCAAGAGAUACAUACAAU